GGAACACCGCGUGGACGGGCUGCUAGUUUUACCCGCGCUUGGUUUCGCGCCUCUGAAGCGCCGCCGAACACAAGGAAAGUCACUGCGAAACGAACGGCCCAAACACGAAGGGCUGGUGAAUAAUUGGAACUUUGUUUACAAAAAUGUCCAGAGAAAACCUGCUGCAGGUUCAGAUUCCAGAGAAAGACCACACCUUUCUUCAAGUUCCUCUAGUUCCUAGAAGCCACCUGCAAAUUAUGGAUGAUCGUAUAUCCAACCAGGAAAGAACCACUGCAACACUUCUGGAACAAGCUUUUCGGAUAAAAGAGGACAUCAUUACUUAUUUGAGGGGAAACCAAGGCAACAACACUGUGGAGAGAGUAUCCCAACAGCUGCUGGAAGACCACAUACAAAUUAUAACCAGUAUCCUCAGGCAACUCAGCACUGACAUAGAGAUUUUGGAACAGCAGAUCAGAACAAGAGAUGGCGUGACUGCAGGAACUAACUAUGCAGUUCUGAGCCUGGAUCACAAGCAUUUGACUGGUAUUGGGGACUUACGUGGAAGAGUUGCCAGAUGUGAUGCUAGUAUCUCCAAGCUUGCUGGUGAUGUCAGUGUAAUCAGCAGUGAAAUACAGAAAGUAAAGAAAGAAAUUCAAGAUGCCAAGUCUUCUCUCAAAUUGCAAAUGAAAGAAUUGGAAGCAAAGGUGAUGCAACUACUGACCAAAAUAGACAGCUCGAAAUAUGAGCAAAAUACCAAACUAAAGGCAGCAAGAGGGGAGCAACAACAUGAACUACAGCUUCUAGAUUUCAAGAUUAAUGCUGCGCAGUCUGAAGUACGUGCACAGAUACAACACCAGCAGGAGUGGGCAGAGCAUAAACUGAAUAAAACAGAGGAUGAACACGGACAACGUGUGGAUCGCUUAUUACAUUUUAUGCAAGAGAAAACUGAACUCGUAGAGAAGAAAAUACUAGAGAAACUUAAUCACAUCUCUGUGAGACUAGAAAAAUUAGAAGACAGACAAAGUUUGGAUAUUGAAGUCAACAGAAAGAAAUACUCUGACACAAAGAUAAAUGAAAAACUUGCCAAAGCAGAGAAAAAUAUCUGGCAUGAAUUAGAAAGCAUAAAGAAUGAAUACAGGGAAGGAUUUCAAUCCAUUAAGGAAUCAAUCAAUUCACUGAAUAAAAUCAGUGACAGGAAGAUAAAAAUGGACAAAGAAAAGAUUCAGAAAGACUUAAAACAAAUCAGACGGCAGAUAAUUGAUCUUAAAAGCUAUCCAUAAAAUUCUGUAGGAUGUGAUUGAUAUCUGUAACCAGCAAGCCAUUUGAAGCUUUUCAGAUGUCAUUUGCAUAGCCUGUAGUUUGAUCCUUAUUUUUCUUAGUUCCAACAGUGGAAUAUUUUUUGAAAUUAAUAAUCAAACCCCAAAUGAAUUAUGUACCCCUAAAACAAAUGAAAUAAUGAAUGUCUUUUGGAAUUGCAUGUUUAAUAUUUUCUGAUCUUUAGGUAUAUUUCGCAUAACAACAAAAGAAAAAUGAUUUGCCUCAGAAAUGUUCAGUUUGUCAUUGUUCAAACAAUUCAAGAAAUUUCCAGUGAAAUGUAACCCUGCUUUUGAAAGCUUUUAUUUGUUGCUUUGGUGAACAGUAAUGAACUGCGAAAUUAAAAAAAAAGGCACUGCAACUCUGGUAAUACAAAAUAAUGGAAGAAUUCUGAAAGAAUGAUCUUUAACAUCUUUUAAUCUUAAGAUUACCCAGAAUGAUGCAGAACAAUGUCAGAAAACCUCCAUUGAUACCGAAUUUAAAUCUAAAAUCUAUUUAACUCUGUAAUACAUUUUGGUAUUUGUCCUGGUUCACUUUUAAUCACUAUCAAUACCUCCUCCCCUGAAACAGCUGCUCUUUUACUUGCUCCUUCUAACAGUCAUUCAGGUGAAAGUGAUUAAAUUUAUUUCAAUUUAGUGCAUUGUAUUGACUGCUUAUGAUGGAAUCCCUUCUAAAUUGAAGAAACCAAAUGCAGACAACCUUUGUUCAAGCUGCUGGGUACUGUCACUUCAAUUCUCCGCCCCAUCCCAACUCUGACUUUUAACAUUGAAUCCUGCACUUUUCCAAGAACGAUCAAUGGAAACUUGAAGGUCAGCAGUCAGGACCUCAUCUUUAGUCCAUACACAUUACAAACUUCCAGAUUCAGUAUGCAGUUCAACAACUUAAGAUGAUUCUAUUUUCAUGAUCACCUCUUUCAGAUUUUUUUUAAAUUCUACUUUCCUCUUAUAUCAAGCUCAUCUUAGCAACAUAUCUCCUUUCCUUUCCACUGUAUCACAGAACUUCGCUUUUAA